GAUGGGAUGUAUAAUCAUUAUGGACAGUAACGUUUUGUAUACGUUGUGUAUACAGUGUGUAUCUGAAGAAUACGUGGAUAUAAUAGUAUAUGUAACGUUACAGCAAUAGUUGAAUAGGAUGGCCUUGACUAUAAUACAGUGUAUAUUCAUGUGAAACGGGUACAACGGUAUGUAAACAUUAUUACAUUGACCAGUGGUCCAUGUACAAAGGCCUGCAGCCACUACGGUGCAGGGUUGAUUAACCGGCUAAUGACAAGAUUAGCUAAACAAACAUUUUCGUUUUAGCCAGAGUUAUAGUUAUUCCAGGGAGGGAAAAAAGAGCCCAUUUGCCGUGACAUUGUGUAUCGCAAUGCCGUGACCCGGAUUCGAACCGGGGUUGCUGCGGCCACAACGCAGAGUACUAACCACUAUACGAUCACGGCGAGCUACCAGGGCUGUGCGCUAAGAAGGAGGAGAAAUCAAUUUAACUGAAGCCUGCAGUGACGUGGACAAGCGCAACCAUUUCAUUUGCAUGCACGUAUUCACAUUGAUAAUUGUCCAAGCCGUUGUAAUAUUUUCACUCAAUGUAAUUGAUUUAGUUUUUAGAUAUAUAUAAUCUGCUACUAUGCAAACAGUAUAGUUUAUUUGCAUAGCUAACGUUAGCUAGUACUAGCGAAAUAUAUAUUUCCAUUUUAUUUGUUUAUUUUAUCCCUAUUUUAUCAUGGAGUCAUAGUGAGACCAAUAUCUAUUUCACAGAUUAGCGCUAAAUUACAGAAAUACCCAACACACAUCAGAAUACAAAUGAAACGCAACCAGAAAGAAAAACAUGCUCAUAAAUGAACAUAUUCAUCAGUAAUAAGGUCCGCUUUCUGAAUUGACCUACCAAAACAUCCAAUUGAAGAACCAUUAACAACUAAAAGGAGUUUUACUUAACUCAAUAGAGACUGAAGGAAUUUCCAAUUAAACAUCCCUGAGACCGGGGUGUGGUUUUACAUGCAGCCUGGUUGAGAACCAGUUGAAGAAAGCCUCUGAAUUAGCAGAGGAUACUCCAGAGCUGUGAUAAUGAAUGGAAAACUCAUCCCCCAUACUCCACUGGCUGUGGACUUCUGGCAGGUCAGGAAGUGUCCGCAUGUCCGCCUGUUCUUCCUGUCCCAUAUGCACAGUGACCAUACCGUGAGCCUGACCUCGACCUGGGCCAACAGACCAAUCUACUGUUCACCGGUUACUGCCACGCUGCUCAAACUCAAACUACAGGUCAGAGAGAGAUGGAUCCAUCCUCUAGAGGUGGGCGAACCCAACAUGUUGCCUCUGGAUGAUAUAGGCAAGGAGAGGUUGACCGUCACUCUCAUGGAUGCUAACCACUGUCCAGGGGCGGUCAUGUUCCUGUUCCAAGGAUACUUUGGCACCAUACUGUAUACUGGAGAUUUUCGCUACACUCCGUCCAUGCUGCGUGAGCCGUGUCUAAGGACCAACACCACUAUAGAUGUCCUGUACCUGGACAACACUAACUGUGACCCCACACGCACCCUGCCCUCCAGACAACGAGCCACUCAGCAGAUCAAAGAGAUCAUCCGUAGCCAGCCCAAGCACAAUGUUGUCAUUGGCCUCUAUAGUCUGGGUAAGGAGUCUCUAUUGGUACAGCUGGCCAUGGAGUUUAAGACCUGGAUUGAAGUGUCCAUCGAGAGACUAAAGACUCUCCAAGCCCUGGAGCUACCAGAUGUCUUCACCACUGAGCCAGGAGCGGGUCGGAUCAGGGCUGUGGACCAGUCAGAGAUCCGCUCCAGCAACCUCCUCCGUUGGAACAGGGAACACCCCACCCUGGCCAUCCUGCCCACCAGCAGACCCCUGGUCUCCUUCCACCCUAAUGUCCAUGUGGUGCCUUACUCUGACCAUUCCUCCUACCAGGAACUGGAGGACUUUGUCUCGGCCCUGCAGCCCACCUCCCUGGUCCCCAUCGUGGGCAGGCUUACCUCUGGCAUCCCCUCCUUCUCUGCCCUGCUGCCUAGGAGAAAACACCACGAAGUUCUGGUUCCCGAGUCAGUCCGGCACUAUAUGAAGGGCCGGCCUGAGUUGCAGGUUCAAGACCCUGGUCAGUCCAGCUUCCUGGGUUACAGUAACCUGCUGCGGAGGCCUAUCCGACCCCCUCCACCCAGAGGGGUGGUGUUUGAGUCCCCCGCUAAGGCCCCCUCCAGGCCUGGGUCGGUGGUGGACGAAGCCUGGGAGACAGGGUCCAUGGAGCAUCCUCAUCAGGAGGAAGAGAUGGACACAGAGAUGGAUGCAGAUAAAGAUGGAGAAGAUUCAGACUGUAUACUGAUGGAUCUGAGUAAAGAACACAGCCCUACCACAGACAUAGGGCCCAGCUCCAACCCCAACCCUAACCCCAGCCUGACCGGAGACCCUAACCCCAGCCUGACCGGAGACCCCAACCCCAGCCUGACCAGAGACCCCAGCCUGACCAGAGUCCCCAACCCCAGCCUCAGCAGAGCCCCAUGGAGCCUGAAUCUGGUCCACAGGGUCUCAGAGAACCUGGAUUUGGAGGAGAGUGUCCCUUUCAGUCUAUUCACCCAGAGUAACUUUACACUCAUGGAGGUCCUGAGAAACACUGCCAUUUCACUGAGACCCAGAGCUGUGAGAGAGGAGACCCAUCCUCAGCAUUUGCCUCGUGACAAUGACAAUAUGGCCGCCGAAAACUGUAACUUCAACGCAGUAUCAGUUAACAUAACCAGUUCCCACAAUGGACAGCCAGACCAGGAGAUAGAAUGCCUUCCAUUACCGCUUCUUAGCCUGAGCCCCUGUUCCAGUGACAGUACCUGUGUGAACACUAGUGACACCACUGACACACAUACACAACCUGAACCUCCAGAAGACUGUGAGAUGUCUCUUCUGCUGUCCCUCCCUUUCUCCGAGGAGGACGUGUCUGUCUCUGGUUGCUAUAGGAACACUCUUCUUGACCGGAGUUUUUUGGAAAAGUUCAGCCUCUCUCCUUCAGAUUUGAAGUAGGGUGAAGUUGCCCAAGCCUAGACACUGAUCUCGGGUCAGUUUUUCGAUUUUCCUCCACUAACGGUUAAGGGUAGGAUUGGGAGAGGUGAAGCUGAUCCUAGAUCUGUACCUAUGGGGAGCCUUCCAGUGAGGGAAUAGCAGUCUUCAGUUCCACUCUGCUGUGGAGAGGUACCUUAGCUGCUGACGCGAGACAAUGUGAAUACUAACGUGUCAACGGUCUUUCCUCCACAUUCCUUAAGAAGACUUGUACUGUUUUUUUAAAUUUUUUUUUUUUGCUAUGUCAGAUGGAGAUUUUCCAUUUAAGUUUGUUUUUUUGGUUCAGGACUAGGCUUAAUCUGUGUCUGGGGAAACUGGCCCGUUAUGUUGACUUUAAGAAGUGCGUAUUUCACUGUGUCAUUUAAUUUCUGACAUGAUUGGUGUUUAUACAGGUGCAGUAUUUACUCAGCUCUCACCUACUCUAUGUUAUGGCUAGGUUGUAGGUUGCAUGGAUUCAUUUCAUUCCCCGUAAUGUGCCACAGUGAUUGAACCAUGUUUUUAAGGAUUCAUUUCCCGUAAACCAUGUUUUUAAGGAUUCAUUUCCCGUAAUGUUCCACAGUGAUUGAACCAUGUUAUUAAGGAUUAAUUUCCCGUAAUGUUCCACAGUGAUUGAACCAUGUUUUUAAGGAUUAAUUUCCCGUAAUGUUCCACAGUGAUUGAACCAUGUUUUUAAGGAUUAAUUUCCCGUAAUGUUCCACAGUGAUUGAACCAUGUUAUUAAGGAUUAAUUUCCCGUAAUGUGCCACAGUGAUUGAACCAUGUUUUUAAGGAUUAAUUUCCCGUAAUGUUCCACAGUGAUUGAACCAUGUUUUUCAUGUGACUCAUUGGUGAAAGGCUUCAUCCUGUAGCCGAUGUAUUCUAUGCCUUUUAACCCAUCUCACAGUUGAUUAUAUAUAUAUAAUAUACACUGAGUAUACCCAAACGUUAGGAACACCUUCCCCCUUGACUGGUGUCAAGCUCCCUGCCAUUCAGGACCUAUAUGUCAGACAGAGGAAAGCCCGAAAACCUGCCAAAGACUCCAGCGACCAAAGCCUUAGACUGUUCAUUCUGGUACCGCCCAGCAAACGGUCCUGGUGCAUCGGCUCCCAUAACAACAGGCGCUGAGACAGCUUCUACCCCCAAGCCAUUAGACUGCUAAAUAGUUAAUUAAAUGGUUACCCAGACUAUCUGCACGGACCUUAUCUUGUACUGAUUCUAUGCACACUCACAACACUAUACACUGAGUGUACAAAACAUUAGGAACACCUUCCUAAUAUUGAGUUGUAACCCCUUUUGCCCUCAGAACAGCCUCAAUU